GUUCUAUGGCAGAGGCUUCUUAGGAGCUUAAACGCUCGUCCCAAUGAUGUCAAGUGGCUUGGAAGGUUCAGACUUAUCUUCCAUCAACACCAUGAUGUCAGCAGUCAUGAGUGUAGGGAAGAUUGCUGAGAAUGGCGGAAGCUCCCAGGGCCUCAAGUCCCCCUCAAAGCCUCCAGGACCAAAUCGGAUUGGCAGAAGGAACCAGGAAACAAAAGAGGAGAAGUCUUCCUAUAACUGUCCCCUGUGUGAGAAGAUCUGCGCUACACAGCACCAGCUAACUAUGCACAUCCGACAGCACAACACAGACACUGGAGGAGCCGACCAUUCCUGCAGCAUCUGCGGGAAGUCUCUGAGCUCGGCCAGCUCCCUGGACCGCCACAUGCUGGUGCACUCAGGCGAACGACCAUACAAGUGUACUGUGUGCGGCCAGUCCUUCACCACCAAUGGAAACAUGCACAGACAUAUGAAGAUUCAUGAGAAGGACCCUAGCAGUGCCACAGCUGUAGCCCCUCCAUCCCCACUGAAGCGCAGGCGGCUGGCCUCCAAGCGGAAACUGAGUCACGAUGCUGAGUCUGAGAAAGAAGACCCUGCGCCUGCUAAAAAGAUGGUAGAAGAUGGGCAGUUGGGUGACCUCGAGAAGAAAACCGAUGAAGUUUUUCAUUGCCCAGUGUGUUUCAAGGAGUUUGUUUGCAAGUAUGGGCUGGAAACCCACAUGGAGACCCAUUCAGAUAACCCCCUAAGAUGUGACAUUUGCUGCGUCACCUUUCGGACACAUCGAGGAUUGCUGCGCCACAAUGCACUUGUCCACAAACAGCUUCCGAGAGACGCGAUGGGGAGGCCAUUCAUACAGAACAACCCUCUCAUUCCUGCUGGCUUCCAUGACUUGGGAUUCACCGACUUCUCCUGUAGGAAGUUUCCCCGAAUUUCUCAGGCCUGGUGUGAAGCGAAUCUGCGGCGGUGCAUCAGCGAGCAGCACCGCUUUGUCUGUGAGACAUGCGACAAGGCAUUCCCCAUGCCCCUCUCACUCACCCUGCACCGGCAGACCCAUGGCACCGGGGAUCCGGGGGGAGAGAAACCGCAAGCCAAGCCCCUGGAUGGGGACACACUCGAUCAAAAGGUCUUCCUGGCCUUCCUGGGCCUGCAACACACCAAAGACGCAAAGCCCACCCUAGCUGAGGACCCGCCGCCGGAUGACAACCAAGCCAUCCAGCUCGAGACACUCAAGUGCCAGCUACCUCAGGAGCCUGCCUGCACCAGCCUGCUGAGUCUACCCCCUUUUGAGGCCACCUCCCUGGGAAACCAGCUCACCAUCCUCCCCGCCACCAAGGAGAGCAUGAAACAUCUGUCCCUGCAACCUUUCCAGAAGGGUUUCAUCAUCCAGCCCGAUAGCAGUAUUGUGGUCAAGCCCAUCUCCAGCGAGUCAGCCAUCGAGCUGGCCGACAUCCAGCAGAUCCUGAAGAUGGCCUCCUCGGCGCCCCCCCAGAUCAGCCUUCCGCCCCUCUCCAAGGCCCCAGCCUCCCCCAUGCAGACCAUCUUCAAGCACAUGCCCCCGCUGAAGCCAAAGCCCCUGGUUACACCCCGCACGGUGGUAGCCACUUCCACACCCCCGCCCCUCGUCAAUGCCCAGCAGGCCUCCCCAGGCUGCAUCAGCCCCAGCCUGCCCCCUCCACCGCUCAAGAUGCUCAAGGGCUCGGUGGAGGCCACCUCCAAUGCCCACCUGUUGCAGUCCAAGUCCAGGGCCCAGGCCAAUGCCUCCACCCAGCUCUUCCUGCAGCCCCGUGCCGAGCUGCCAGGUCAGCCCGAGAUGAAGACGCAGCUGGAGCAAGACAGCAUCAUCGAGGCGCUGCUGCCCUUGAGCAUGGAGGCCAAGAUCAAGCAGGAAAUCACAGAAGGCGACCUCAAGGCACUCAUGGCAGGGCCUGCCGGCAAGAAGGCACCCGCCAUGCGCAAGGUCCUGUACCCCUGCCGCUUCUGCAACCAGGUGUUCGCCUUCUCAGGGGUGCUGCGCGCCCACGUGCGCUCCCACCUGGGCAUCUCGCCAUACCAGUGCAACAUCUGCGACUACAUUGCUGCCGACAAGGCUGCCCUCAUCCGCCACCUGCGCACACACAGCGGGGAGCGGCCCUAUAUCUGCAAGAUCUGCCACUACCCCUUCACUGUCAAGGCCAACUGCGAGCGGCACCUGCGCAAGAAGCAUCUCAAGGCCACCCGCAAGGACAUCGAGAAGAACAUCGAGUAUGUGACCAGCAGCGCUGCUGAGAUGGUGGAAGCCUUCUGCACCCCAGAUACCAUAUGCCGGCUGUGCGGUGAGGACCUCAAACACUACCGGGCGCUGCGUAUCCACAUGCGGACCCACUGCGGCCGUGGCCUGGGAGGCUGCCACAAGGGCCGCAAACCUUUCGAGUGCAAGGAGUGCAGCUCAUCCUUUGCAGCCAAGCGCAACUGCAUCCACCACAUCCUCAAGCAGCACCUGCAUGUACCCGAACACGAGAUCGAGAGCUACGUCCUGGCUGCUGAUGGGGGCGUCCCUGCGGACGGGCCCAUAGCAGAGGCCACCGGCAUGGUGGAGGAGGGUGGCUGUGGUGCCUUUGUGGACCGCAAGCCCAUCACAGCCUUCCUGGAGGCCCAGAACGGCUUUCUGCACGGGGGUCCUGUACCAGCCCCCCACGUCUCCGUCAAGCUGGAACCCACCAGCGGCUUUGCAGUGGACUUUAAUGAGCCCCUUGACUUCUCCCAGAAGGGCCUGGGCCUGGUCCACGUGAAACAGGAAAACGCAGCCUCUUUCCUCAGCCCCUCCUCCCUGGCCCCCUACGACUGUUCCAUGGAACCUAUUGACCUCUCCAUCCCGAAGAACCCCCGGAGAGGAGACAAGGACACAGAUGUUCCCAGCGAGGCCGGGAAGUCUGAGCAGGACCCCCAAGAUGGCGAGAAAUCACUGGUCUGUCCACCCCUGUGCCCUACCACGCCAGGGGUGUUUGGGCCCAAUGGUGGCACGGACAAGCCCACGGCCCCAUCUGCCUCAACAGUGCCUCCCCGGGAACCCCAUGCUCAGGCCCUCCAGGGACCUGUGCAACUCGCGGUCCCCUUUUACUCCUCAGCUGUCGUGAACAGCUCUCCGCUCCUGGGCAGCCCCACCCUUCUCAGCAACUCAGCUCUCAUCAGCAGCUCAUCCCUGUUGCGGCCAUUGCGCCCCAAGCCACCCCUGCUCUUGCCAAAGCCCCCUGUGACCGAGGAGCUGCCCCCGCUGGCCUCCAUCGCUCAGAUCAUCUCUUCUGUGUCCUCAGCCCCCACCCUGCUGAAGACCAAGGUGGCCGAGCCAGGGCCUGCCAGCACCAGCAGUGGCCCCGCAGGUCCCGAAACUUUGGGAGGUGCCGUGCCCAAAACUGCCCACACCCCUGUGGACACCACAAGCCCGCAAGAAUCUGGGGACCUACCCCCAACAACCACCAGCCCUGAGACCACCUCUCCCACCGAGCAGGGACCUGCUGGCACAUCCAAGAAGAGGGGCCGGAAGAAAGGGACGAGGGGCCGGUCCAAGGUCACCAGUGGUGGUGUGGACCUCGACUCCAGCGGGGAGUUUGCCAGCAUUGAGAAGAUGCUGGCCACCACCGACACCAACAAGUUCAGUCCGUUCCUGCAGAACACUGAGGAUGAGAUACAGGAGGAGGCGCCCUCAGCCCCGGCUGAUGCCCACGGUCCCAGUGACGAGGAGCAGGCCAGCCCCCCAGAGGACAAGGGGCUGAGGGCCAGGCGGAACUCCUAUGCCAACUGCCUGCAAAGGAUCAGCUGCCCGCACUGCCCCCGGGUCUUUCCGUGGGCCAGCUCCCUGCAGAGGCACAUGCUCACGCACACAGGUCAGAAGCCUUUCCCUUGUCAAAAAUGCGAUGCCUUCUUUUCUACCAAAUCUAACUGUGAACGCCACCAGUUGCGCAAACACGGAGUUACCAACUGUUCCCUGAGAAGAAACGGGCUUUUCCCCCAGUCCAGAGAGAGUGAUGUUGGCGCCCAUGAUAGUACAGAUAGCCAGUCAGACACGGAGACAUCGACAGCAGUAAAUGAGGUGCUAGACCUGACCUCCCGGGAGAAGGAGCAGCAGGCACCAGAAGGGGCUCCUGAGCCCAGCCAGGUGGGAGAAGACCCCCCAGCAGAGGAAGCCAGGGGAGGAACAGCCUCCCCUACAAGUGGGGGCGAGAAGGGAGAGGAGAAGGAUGGGGCACCAGAGGAGACAGGUGCUGCCGAGGAGAGGGCUGACGAUGCCGAGAGCCUGGAGGAGGACACGGGCAGCAACAAAAGCCUGGAUCUCAACUUCGCCAGCAAGCUGAUGGACUUCAAGCUGGCCGAGGGUGCCGCCGCGGGAGGCGGGGGCUCUCCCCAGCAGGAGCUGAAGCAUGCCUGCCAUGUCUGUGGAAAGAACUUCAAGUUCCUGGGGACCCUGAGCCGCCACAAGAAGGCUCACAGCCGGGAGGAGCAGAAGGAGGAGGGCAGGCUGGGAGGGGCUGAGGGGCCUCUGCCCACCCCGGUGGCCAGCCCUACCCCGGAGCUUGAAGACAUGCCCACCGGCUCCGCCGCUGUGGAGCCAGGUGCUGGGGAGACCUUGUUGGAGAAGCCCCCGGAGGAGGGGGAAGGCGUCUCUGAUGGGGAGGGCACAGCUGAGAAGAAGGCCUCGGAGAGAAGCGAUGAUGACAAGAAGCCAAAGACAGACUCCCCCAAGAGUGUGGCCAGCAAGGCUGACAAGAGGAAGAAAGUGUGCAGCGUGUGCAAUAAGAGGUUCUGGUCUCUGCAGGACCUGACCCGGCACAUGAGGUCGCACACAGGGGAGAGGCCGUACAAAUGCCAGACCUGUGAGCGCACCUUCACGCUGAAGCACAGCCUGGUUCGCCAUCAGCGCAUCCACCAGAAGGCCCGGCACCACGGGAAAGAUGGUGACCAGGACGAGAAGGGUGAGGAGGAUAGCGAGAACGAGUCCACACACAGCGGCAACAACCCUAUCUCAGAGAGUGAGGCCGAGUCCACGCUGACCACCAGCAACCACAUGGCCAUCACAAGGAGCCGCAAGGAGAGCUUGGCCAAGGAGGCCAGUCGCAAGGAAGAGAAGACUGCGGGUCGGAUGGAACAGGCGUCUCAGGGUCCCGCUGACCAGGAGGGCCCGGCCACCCCAGAGCGGGACCUGUUGGAGACGCCCAGCAGGAGGCCGGCUCAGCCCGUCCUGGCGGCUGAGGACGACUCAGCGCCAAUCCUGGGAAUGGAAUGA